CCAUCCGCAGACCGCACCCCCCCACCGGCGCCGCCGCCAUGGCUAGCAGCAGCCCGCAGCACCAGUCCACCAUCGGCUUCCCCCGCAGAAGGAGCGCCCGCCGCCUCGCCGCCGCCCCCCCGGGCAAGAGCGGCCCCGACCCCGGCAGCCCGACCCCGGCAGCUCCGACCACCACCGCCCUGCGGCUCUCGCCCUACCCCAGGGCCCCAGGCACACGCUCAGCCCGGACCAAAGCGCUGCCCCUGAGCCCCUGCAAGCGCCUGGGUGACGACAGUCUCUGCAACGUCCCCCAUGCCCUGCCCUCCUCCCCGGCCAAGCGCAGCAAGGAGAACCAGGGGCGCCGCUUGCUCUUUGGGGACCCCCUGACCUCCCCCGAAAAGCCCAGCAGCCCAGGGCCGUCCCCGCGGCAUCGCGGGCAGGAGACCCCCCGGAGCUUGGGCCUUGGCAGGCAGCCUGCCCGCACCCGACUCUUCAGGCAGGAAGGCACCUGCUACCAGCAGGCGAAGCGGGUGCUGCAUGUGGCUGUGCCUGACCGACUCUACGCCAGGGAGAAGGAGACGGGAGUCAUCCGGCAGUUUCUGCGGGAGCACGUCUGUGGGCACCAGCCCGGCAGCCUUUAUGUCUCCGGAGCCCCCGGGACCGGGAAAACGGCCUGUCUGAGCCGCGUCCUGCUCGACUGCAAGGACGAGCUCACCGGGAGCAAAACCAUCGUCCUGAACUGCAUGUCGCUGAGCAGCCCGCAGGGCGUCUUCCCCGCCAUGGCACAGCAGCUGGGUCUGCCCGCGGCCGCCGGCCGGGAGGGCGUGCGCAGGCUGGAGAAGCAGCUGACGGCCCAGGGGCCCAUGGUUCUGCUGGUGCUGGAUGAGCUGGACCAGCUGGAGAGCAAGGGGCAGGACGUGCUCUACACCCUCUUCGAGUGGCCCCGGCUGCCCGGCUCUAGGCUCGUCCUCGUGGGCUUGGCCAACGCGCUAGACCUGACAGACCGCAGCCUGGCCAGGCUCGGUGCCCACCCGGCCGGCAGCCCCCAACUGCUGCACUUCCCACCCUACACCAGGGAGCAGCUCACCGCCAUCCUGCAGGAGCGGCUGGGGCAGGUGGCUGGUGACCCCGUCCUGGAUGCCGCCGCGCUCCAGUUCUGCGCCCGCAAGGUCUCCGCGGUCUCCGGUGAUGCUCGCAAGGCCUUGGAUGUCUGCAGGCGCGCCGUGGAGGUGGUGGAGCUGGAGGUGCGGAGCCAGACCCUGCUCAAGCCGCUGCCUGGUGGUGACUCCCCGGCAUCCCCCGUCCCCAAGCGUGUGGGGCUCCUGCACGUCUCCCGCGUGAUUUCGGAGGUGUUUGGGGACCGGCUGGCCGGGGGUGGCCGGGGGACCCAGGACGCCUUCCCGCUGCAGCAGAAGGUGCUGCUCUGCUCCCUGCUGCUGCUCGCCCGGCACCUGCGCAGCCCGGAGGUGACGCUGGGGAAGCUCCACGACACCUACGGCCAGGUCUGCCGGCGGCAGCAGCUCCCCGCCGUCGACCAGGCCGAGUGUCUGUCCCUCAUCACCCUCCUGGAGUCCCGCGGCGUCCUCGAGCUGAAGAAGGCCAAAGAGGCCCGGCUGGCCAAGGUCUCCCUGAAGAUGGAGGAGGCGGCGGUGGAGCACGCGCUGCAGGACGCGGCGCUGGUGGGCAGCAUCCUGGCCCAGGGGCUGCGCUAAGCGCCCCCCCGGCGGCCCCCUCCCCGUGGCCCCUCGGCACGGGCUGGGCGGACGCUGCCCCGGGUGGGACUUCGGUGCACGAUGCGCGGUUUGGCCGGACCGCGGCGGGAGCAGGGAAAUGGCUCCCAGAGACCUCGGCUGUUGUUUGUUGAGUCCUGCCUUGGGGCCCUCAGUCUGGGGCAGUUUUAUUACUAUUAUUAAUAUAAUUAUUACUAUUUUUGUGUGGCUGAAGCUGAGGGUUCCCAGCGCCUUUACAGCAAUGGACGUGGACAGUGGGUGCUCCCGGCUCUUCUCCCACGCCGGCACGUGUGAUGCCGGGGCCCGGCAUUGCUCCCUGCUACGACCUAUGGAUGAGUUGGCUCCCGGCUCGUUCGGAGCCUUCUGGGGCCCCCCCACGCCCCCAGCUGCAGGAAGGAGGGUCCUGGUGCCAGCCCCGCUCUGGGUCCCAGUGCUGGCAGUGGUAGAGGGGGUGCAGGGUGUGCUCAGCUCCAGGCUGUGCCAGGCCGGAGGGUGGGGGGCAGCGGGGGCCCCCUCUAUCUCCUGGCAUUAAUAAAGUCGUUCUGGUUCA